CCGCCCGCCCGCUGGGCAGAGCACCGGCAGAGCACCGGCCCUGGGGCGCCACUCGCGGCCGGGCGGCGGCAGGCAUGGCCACGGCGGCGGUAACAGCGGCGGCUCGUGGAGCCGGUGCAAGGGCAGUGACGGCCCUGCGGGAUGGUUGCCGGACUGCGGCCCGGGGGCGGUCGCGCACGGGCCCCACACGGCCCUUGUGCACAGCACCUGGGACCGCCCCGGACAUGAAGCGCUACCUAUGGGAGCGCUACCGGGAGGCGAAGAGGAGCACGGAAGAACUGGUUCCUUCGAUUAUGAACAACUUGUUAAAUCCAGAUGCCAUCUUCUCAAACAAUGAGAUGAGCCUGUCAGACAUUGAAAUCUAUGGCUUUGAUUAUGACUACACCUUGGUGUUUUAUUCAAAACACCUCCACACACUGAUAUUUAAUGCUGCUCGGGACCUUCUCAUCAACGAACACCGGUAUCCCGUGGAAAUCAGGAAGUAUGAGUAUGACCCAAACUUCGCAAUUCGUGGACUGCAUUAUGACGUGCAGCGGGCGGUCUUGAUGAAGAUUGAUGCUUUUCAUUAUAUCCAGCUGGGAACCGUCUACAGAGGCCUCAGUGUGGUCCCCGAUGAGGAGGUCAUUGAAAUGUACGAGGGUUCCCACGUGCCUUUGGAACAGAUGAGCGACUUUUAUGGGAAGAGUUCCGGAAACACCAUGAAGCAGUUCAUGGACAUCUUCUCCCUGCCCGAGAUGACCCUGCUGUCCUGUGUGAACGAGUACUUUCUGAAGAACAACAUCGACUAUGAACCUGUGCACCUGUACAAAGACGUCAAGGAUUCAAUUCGGGACGUGCACACCAAAGGAAUCAUGUACAGAGCAAUUGAAGCAGAUAUUGAAAAGUACAUCUGCUACUCUGAGCAGACCCGUGCGGUGUUGGCCAAGCUGGCUGAUCAUGGCAAGAAGAUGUUUCUUAUCACCAACAGCCCCAGUAGCUUUGUGGACAAAGGGAUGAGGUAUAUUGUUGGAAAAGACUGGAGGGACCUGUUUGAUGUGGUCAUCGUUCAGGCUGAGAAGCCCAACUUCUUUAAUGAUAAGCGGCGUUUCCUGACUAUCACAGUGAUUCCUGGAAGAAAAGGCAAAACCAGGAACCAUGUGCAGAGACUGAGAAUACCUUUCCGAAAGGUGAAUGAGAAAGGCGUCUUGCUCUGGGAUAAGAUCUACAAGCUGCAGAAAGGCCAGAUUUACAAGCAGGGCAAUUUAUAUGAAUUUUUGAAGCUUACUGGAUGGAGGGGCUCCAAAGUGUUGUAUUUUGGUGACCACAUAUAUAGUGACCUGGCGGACUUGACCCUGAAGCAUGGCUGGCGAACGGGUGCAAUUAUCCCCGAAUUAAGAUCCGAGCUCAAAAUCAUGAACACGGAGCAGUACAUUCAGACUGUGGCCUGGCUACAGACCCUGACCGGGUUAUUGGAGCAGAUGCAGGUUCACAGAGAUGCGGAGUCACAGCUGAUUUUGCAGGAGUGGAAGAAGGAGAGGAAGGAUAUGAGGGAAAUGACCAAACGUUUCUUCAAUGCCCAGUUUGGGAGCUUGUUCCGCACAGACCAGAACCCCACGUACUUCCUGCGGCGCCUGUCGCGGUUCGCCGACAUCUACAUGGCGUCCCUGAGCUGCCUGCUGAACUACGACGUCAGCCAUACCUUCUACCCCCGGCGGACCCCACUGCAGCACGAGCUGCCCGCCUGGUCUGACCGGCCCCCGGCCGCCCGGCUGCCACUGCUGCAGGAGGCCCAGGCCAAGUAGCUGGCAGCCCCAAAACCCCUGGGCACCAAAAGCCAGGACCGGUGAUGGCCCCACGCUGGGCAGACUCUGCGGGGAUGUGAGCGUCCCUUUUGGAAAUGAUACAGAUAGUCUUAGUGAUACCUGUUUUGUACAUUACGGAGGAUACCCCGCAGCUCGUAGAGAAGGGAGCUCACAGCUCGCAGAGCCCGCCCUCCUAUGCAUGUGGGGAGGGGACAGCGGCUGGCCUCCUGUCGACACUCUGUGAUCAGCUUCUUGUUUCCCAAGGUACUGUAUCCAGCAUCAGACUUCCUGGGAUGGGGAGUCUUCUUGAUGUCUGCUCUGUAUUCCAGCAGGUGAUGUUUUGAAACUCUUCUUAACCCUUCUGUGGAAAGUGCAUGGAAAAUGCUGAACACGCACAGACAGUGCCAGACCCGGUGACGUGCAUCCCCUGGUGAACUGCUGAUGCUUUAGUGGGCGCUUGGAUAGUGUACUGUGGUGUCAGCGGCUGAGAUGGACCCCAGUCGGCAGCUGGUUCCCAGACAUCUGGUACUAGGGCUCUGGCACACUGGUGCCUCCCUUGACAGCAGACUCAGCCUCCCUGGAGGUCUUAUGUGAGAAGGAACAGGAGAAGUUGCAAGUCCUUGGCCUUGAUUGUCCUCAGUAUCCAUUUCCUGUGUCUUGCCCCACGCGGGGGAAGGACCAUGGUGCCCCAAGUGGUGGGCAGGUUCACUCUUUUCUCUCAGAAAAGGAGGACAAGGAGAGAAAAGCUUCUGGUUUAAUGUCCUGCCAGCAGAACAGACUGUAGAAUGAGGCUCCUACAUGCCAACGUGCGAGAGGAACCAGUGCGUUUGUGGUGGGUAUCCCAGGACUUUAUAACCCCUGACACUGCCACCACACAUGUGUUGCUUGAAUCUGCUCAUUGGAGGAUGAAAAAUGAAACAAAGAAAAAUGUCCUCAUAACUUAGUGCCGUGUGGCGACCCCCCCGCCCCCAGGUGUUUUGCAAUCUUGUUAAACUGUGUGUUACCAGAAACCCUCCUCGUUGGAGGGCAGUGAUUCAUCAGCCGAGGAGAGGGGCUUGAAUCCAGCCAGAGCGAGGGAGGUGGCCCUCUCUGCUUAGCUGUCUCCUGCCUUCUCCCUGUAGAUCGCUUUCCUGCCGUGUUUAUGUGUCUGGGGAAUUUCUGUAGUGUCUGUGUUUAAGGUGGGAGCGGAUCAAGGACAUUGACGUUGAGAGAAACAGAGUUGGAAAUAGCCUCACCGAGUGAGUGUUCCCACUUCUGAGGACAAGGCAAGUGGCACCUGUCCUUAAACCUGAAGGAUGCAGGGGCGGAGGAAAGGGGCUUGAGGAGAGACUACUCGCUUAUUUGGCGUUUUCAAUGGAUUUGUGUGGAGCUAGCUGUUGAGGAAACAUGAGCUUGGCCUGCCACAGGCUACCUGCCCGAGUGCAGAAAUUAGGUGACUUCUAUGCUAUGCUAAGUCACACUAUAGAAGUUUUUUAAUGUUUAAUGCUAUGGUUUUUUAACGCUAUAGAAGUGUUUUAAUGGGACUGUUGUUGUUUAGUCGACUCUUGGCAACCCCAUGAACUGUAGCCCACCAGGCUCCUCUGUCCAUGGGAUUUCCCAACCAGCAAUACUGCCAUGGGUUGUGAUUUCCUUCUCCAGGGGAUCUUCCUGACCCAGGGGUCAAACGCACAUCUCCUGCAUUGGCAGGUGGAUUCUUUACUGACUGAGCCACCAGGCAUACCUGUGACCUUUUCUUAUAUUUAACUAAAAUAGUGAAGGUGACUCUCUAGACCUAAUAGGCCCAGUUGGCCUUCUUUUUCCCUUGAUUAUAAACACAGGUGUCCAUUCCCUUUUCAGGCUGCAGGAGGCAUUUUGUUGGCUGUUGGUUAGUGCCUGGGGGUUUUAAGCAUCAGAGUGCAUUGGAGACUGGCAUUUCAGGGGUGCAGGUGGCGCCCAGAACUGCUCAGUGUUGGGGUCCUCAGAGGAUAUGCUGGUGCUUUGGACUGAUAGUUUCUGCUUUGGAGAAGCUGGUGAGGAAGUAGGUAUUUUAAAACUCUUUCUAAUCAGGUAUUCAUUGGAUAUCUCCUACGUGCCAGUGAUAGGGUGUUUUGUUUACUCAAGAAAGUUGUUACCCAAAAACAACUCAGUACAGCUGUUCUUACUGCUUUCAUGUAUGUCUGGGUUAGGAGACCCAAGCCUGGGGUGAGAAAAACAUUUUCUAGGUGUGUGAAUAAGGAAUUUUAAUGACUUAUCACCAAUUAAGUUUGAGCAAGCUCCAGGAUAUAGUGAAGAAUAGGGAAGCCUGGUAUGCUGCAGUCCAUGGGGUCGCAAAGAGUCAGACAUGACUGAGCGACUGAACAACAACUGAAGGCCAUGGCACAUGGCGGUAUUGAAGUCUGUCUGCGGAGGACCCACCGAACAUGCGCUGGGGCCAGCGCACAGUCAGGGUCAGGACGGCCGUCUCUGUAUGAAGGACCGAGGGCUUCUCUUUGUCUGUGCUUGGUCGUUUUAAUUUGUCACUGUCGUGACUCAGCUGGGAUUCAGCACCCUGUACAGCAUUCUGUUCCUCCUGGUUUAGCCUCUGGCGAGCCCGCUGAUGAAUGCAUUUGGGUGCAAGGGAAGGGAGUCUGUUUUCUACCACUUAAAAGAUCAGUUUGGAAAGUGAGCAGAAUAAAAUUAGCUUGCACAUUGAAAAAUAUUUUCCCUUUUUAGCAUCAGUUAGACUGAUUUUCUCGAAGAAUAUGAACAAAAAUUCAUAGCCCAGGGGCAGCUGUCUGUGCCCCUAAGGCUCACCAUAGCUGUAGCCGGUUGUCCUGGAAGGGACCUGCACAAUUGUUUUUUCCAGAAUCGUUUUUUUUAAGUAGAUGAAACCUGGCUUUUAAUAUAUUUUAGGAGUUUGGCUUAGAGCUCCCACUUUCCUCCUAAUAUAGCCUUUAAAUUUUU